AUGGAUGAUAUGAAGAGUACAUCUGGGUACUGUUUCAGUUUAGGACCAGCUUGUUUCACUUGGUGUUCUAAAAAGCAAGAAAUUGUAGCUCAAUCUACUGCAGAAGCAGAGUUUAUAGCUGCUACUGCAGCUGCAAAUCAAGCCUUAUGGCUGAAGAAGAUAAUGAAAGAUCUUUGGCUGAACUCCAAUGAAUGUAUCAAGAUCAAUGUGGAUAACCAAGCAGCAAUUGCAAUAUCUCAGAACCCAGUUUUUCAUGGCAAAACUAAGCAUUUCAAGGUCAAGUUCUUCUUUCUACGUGAGGUGCAACAAAAUGGUGAGGUCAUGCUGCAGGCAAGCCAUAGGGCCAGCGGUGUAGCUUACAAUAUUACUCCAUCGGAGCCGCUCUUUCCGAACCAAACUCUCGUCUCCUCUGGCAAUAUAUUCGAGCUUGGGUUCUUCACGCCAAGCAGCUCGAAAAAUCAGUAUAUUGGCAUAUGGUACAAGAACUUGACGCCUUCUAAGAUCGUGUGGGUGGCCAAUAGGGAACGGCCGCUUGUGUACACGGAUUGGUCUGCAAAAUUAACGAUAGGCAGUGAUUGGAAUUUGAAGCUCAUGGAUGGACAAGAAAAUAUAGUUUGGUUUACCGAUGUCUCUAGUCGGUCCAAUUAUACGUUCGCGGUGAUAUUAGAUAGUGGGAAUUUUGUUCUGCAAGAUGGAAAUUAUGGCAAAAUAUGGGGAAGCUUCGAGGAUCCGACAGACACUCUUCUUCCAACAAUGGAGCGACAGUCAUCCAUUCCCUGGAAGUUUCUCGACUGGAAUGACAUCCGGGACGCCGCCUCAACCUUUCACUUGAAUGGUUCGACUCCUUACUGGAGAGGUGGGCAAUGGGACAAAUCGAAAUUUAUUGGCAUACCAAACAUGGACCAAUCAUACAAGACUGGCUUCACUGUCCAGCAGGAUACUCAGCAGGGAACCACUUACUAUUCGAUAAAUAGAUACGAUAUCUUUCUAUAUAUGUUCAUUUCUCCCAGAGGAUCUCUCACGAUAAUGCGCUGGGAUGAUGGAGCUAAGGCAUGGUUGAUGGAUUGGGCAGCACCGAACAAUACUUGUGAGAUUUAUGGAACUUGUGGUCCAUUUGGAGUUUGUAACUCAUUGAAUUCGCCUAUUUGCAGAUGCAUAGAUGGGUUUGUGCCAAAGUCAAAUGAAGAAUGGAACGGUGGAAACUGGAUCAGAGGAUGUGUAAGAGAGAUGGAAUUGAAUUGCCAGAAAAACACAAGCACAUCGAUUUCUACAAAUGUAAAGAAAGAUGCAUUUUGGCAAAUGAGCCAGAUGAAACUACCCGACUCUGGGGACUAUGUAUCAGACGUUGAAGAUGAAGAAGGAUGUGAAAGAUGGUGCCGGAGCAAUUGUUCUUGCUUGGCUUAUUCUUACGUCAGCACCAUUGGGUGUAUGGUUUGGAGUAAAGACCUCAUUGAUCUUGAGGAAUUUCCCACAGCUGGGGAAGAUCUAUUUGUUCGAGUCGCACAUAUAAAAGCAGGAGGAUCGCGACACAGAGCAGUUAUCAUCAGCCUGAGUACUAUUGCAGGGAUUAUGUCCUUUGCUUUUGCAGUAUUUGUUUUUGUUCUUUGCAAAUGGAGAGCUAACAAAACAGGAAAUGCAUGGCAAGAGCAGUUGAAGCAAGAUGAUUCGCCGGAAUUGACCCUUUAUAGUUUUGAUAGCAUACUACUUGCUACAAACAAGUUCAGCACGACAAGUAAACUUGGGCAAGGAGCGUUUGGCUCUGUUUAUAAGGGGAAGCUGAAAGAUGGGAAAGAGGUAGCUGUGAAAAGACUUUCCAGUACCUCAGCCCAAGGCGUUGAAGAUAAGAAUGAGAUCAUCCUUAUAUCGAAACUCCAGCAUCGAAAUCUUGUUAAACUCGUGGGUUACUGCAUUGAAGGAGAAGAAAAGAUUUUGUUAUAUGAGUACUUGUCGAAUAAAAGCUUGGACACCUUUCUUUUUGAUUCAAGAAAGAAGGCAGAACUUGACUGGGGCAAACGAUUUCAAAUAAUUCAGGGGAUUGCAAGGGGGCUGCUCUACCUCCAUCGAGAUUCUUGCCUUAGGGUCAUACAUCGAGACUUGAAAGUACGCAACAUUCUCUUGGAUGAAAAGAUGAACCCGAAAAUUUCAGAUUUUGGGCUAGCACGAAUGUUUGAGGGCACUCAAGUUUUGGUGAACACUCAAAAAAUUGUUGGAACACGUGGUAAUAUGUCUCCUGAGUACGCCAUGGGUGGAAUAUUUUCUGAGAGGUCCGAUGUCUAUAGCUUCGGAGUGUUGCUACUGGAGAUAUGUCCUCCCUUACAAGCAUGGCAAUUGUGGAGUGAUGGCAAAGCAUUGGACCUAACGGAUGUAGCAAUGGCUGUUAGCUCUCCAUUGGAGGUAACAAGAUGCAUCCAUGUUGGGCUUCUCUAUGUUCAGGACCAUGCCACGGAUAGACCAAACAUGUCCAAUGUGGUUUUGAUGUUAAGUGGCGAGUCAGAUCUUCCUCAGCCGAGGCAGCCUAUGUUCACUUUCCAAGCUGAAAUGCCAAAUCGUUCUAUUCCAUCAUAG